GCACCCAACGUUUAGACACGACGGCCGCUCUGCAUACACACCAGUCGGCAGUUGAUAUAGUGUAGGUGAUCAAGGAAGACGUCCUUAAAAGCUGGAGAUGGAAUCCCUCAAGGAGAAAGUCACCAUCAUCACAGGAGGAGCUGGAGGAUUCGGGAGAGCUACCGCACUUCUAUUUGCUAAAUAUGGAGCAAAGCUAGUACUGGCUGACCUCAACAACACGGGUGCGGAGGCUGUUGCAGAGGAGUGUAAAAAGGCAGGGCUGCCGAGUGAUGACAUUCUCACCGUUGAGGCAAACAUCACGAAAGAAGACGACAGAAAGAAAAUUAUCGAAGACUGUAUUUCAAAGUUUGGAAGACUGGAUGUUUUGAUAAACAACGCCGGUAUUGGACGAAUUGCGAGCCUAAUGAAUACGCCACCGGACGUGUAUGAUGCUGAGAUGGACCUCAAUGUGAAGGCACAGCUUUAUAUGACACAACUAGCAGUCCCGCACCUAAAGGCAACUAAAGGGAAUAUUGUAAAUCUGGCAAGCAUUGCAUCAGAAGAAGUGUUUAUUGAAUUUGGUGUUUACGGAAUAAGUAAAGCAGCCGUGGCGAUGUUUACAAAAACUCUUGCUUUAGAAAUGGCUGAAUUUGGAGUACGGGUAAAUGAAGUAAGGCCUGGAGUUGUGCAUACAAACUUCUAUGAGGUUCUCCUGGGCGGAGAUCGUGAGAAAUUACAGAUGCGAAUGGAAGCAGAGAAAGCCAAACAUCCUUUGGGAAGACUCCCCAAACCAGAGGAGGUGGCAAAUGCAAUUGCUUUUCUGGCGUCGGACAUGGCGUCCUACACAACCGGAAAUGCCAUUUAUGUUGACGGCGGGCGCCAUUGUGUUGGGGCUGGGUUCGCUACGAGGUAAAAACCACAAGCAAAACCGGACAGAGUUUCUAGACAGUGAUACGAUUGUUCAGUGUGAACUGAAUACAUGAUUAUUAUAAGAUGCAUGCCUGUAUCUGAAUGUUGUUAGCUGUUCUUUUAACGGUGUCUGAAAUAACACAUGAAAAAAGUGUAGUCCAUUCAAAUAUGCUUGAAAAUCAGAAAUAAAUAAUCAAAA